GCUGGCAAAGAACCCCAACCACCGACUGCACCUCCCCUUGAAAAAAAAAAAAAAAACUGGUAAAAGCUUGGGGAUUUCUCCUUAUUUUCUUGUUCUAGAACGCAUAUAGAACCCAGAAAUCUCCCCCGCCCCCUCUGUAGAAUUUCGGAUCUGCUCUACUUUGUUUCUCCUGUCCAUCUACUGCUCUUGGUGUGGGUGUGAUUUUUCUGGUUCUGUUGCCGUGAGUUCCUCCAUUUCUUUUUCCCCGUUGGCUUCCUUCAUGGCCGGACCCAGUGCUACUUGCCGGAAGGUUUUGGGUUCUUGAGUGUUCUAUCACCCAAACACUUGGCUUGAGUUUCCGGUAUUACGGAUUUGAGGUAAGUAAAUUAUGGUAAUGCCCUUCGAUUUCAAAGCAUAUUUUAAAUUGUUUUUGAGAUGGUGGCAAGGUUUAAAUUGAUUUUAUUAGCACCGAGCAUGAUUGGUUUGAAAUGAAAUUGUUUUCAUUUGCAUUGACUAGAGCAUGCCUACUUGGAAUUGACUGAACUGCCCCUAAUGAAUUGAGAAUUUCGUAAAUUUUGAUUUUUCUGUUAAAUCCAUGCUCACAUGGAAAUUUUUCGAUUAUUUCUGGAAUUUGAGAUUUAUUGUGAAUUAUGGAUUUUUCUAUAAAUCCUACAUGGUUUUUUCUCUGAUAUGGUCAUGAUUACUAAUUAUUGACGCCUACUAAUGGGAGUUUGCAAAUGCUAGCACAUGUCGACAUGUUUAUUGAUAUGACCGGUUCAUUCUGUAAUCCUACCAAUGGGAUAAUACAUUGGCAUGCUAAAAUUUUACUCACGGGCUAUCCAUAUUUACUUACUGAGUUAUCUCAUAGUUUUUCCUUGUCCAUCAUUUCAGGAAGCGAAGUCAAGGACGGGGAAAAACGAGGGGAGUGACAAGUUAGAAGGUUAGCCAUCUUGUAAAUUGAACAUGGAUUUUAGAUAUAAAUCAUGAUCUUGUAA